AUAGGCUUCAAACUCCACUGUGGUUUCCAUUCUCGGUACCCCGGGCUAUAUGCAACCUGGAACCGUCCACUGCAUAUGUACCCGGAUCCUUACGGAUACACCUGCAUCUGAGUCUGACUCGACACCUCCGGGUCUCAUGUGGUCACCGUCGGGACAAUCUCACUCUCAUCCAAGGUCUUGUUUCCACACGCGACCGCGCUUCAACAGCCAUGGCGCGCCGGUCAGCGUCACGCAAACCAUAUUCCACCGCCGACGUCCCUGCGGCUUCCUUCACUGAUGACGACGCAGAAAACACGAACACAGGCAGCAGCAGCAGCAGCAGUCAUCAACUCCUUCAAGAUGAACAAUCCCCAUCAUCACCAUCGCCAACCCCACCCUCACUGCUAUCCACCCGCAAACACAUCCCCGGCCAGUCCUUCACCGCCCGCGGUGUCGCCGUCGGCCUUCUCGUCGGGCUUGUCAUCUGCUUCUCCAAUAUGUACUUUGGCCUGCAAACAGGCUGGGUCAGCACCAUGACCAUGCCGGCCAGCCUGAUGGGGUUUGGCAUCUUCCGCCUGCUGGCCCGCCGCGGCCUGCUCGACGCCCUGCUCCCCUUUUCCCCCGUCGAGAACGUCCUGGUCCAGACUGUCGCGGGAAGCAUGGCCAUCAUGCCGCUCGGCUGCGGUUUUGUCGGCGUCUUGCCCGCCAUGAAUUACCUCCUGCGGCCCGAAGAGCAAGGGCCUGUUGUCCUUGGUCUGGGGAAGCUGGUGCUCUGGUCGUUGGGGUUGUGCUAUUUUGGGGUGGUUUUUGCCGUGCCGUUGCGCCGGCAGGUCAUCAUUAGGGAGCAGCUCAAGUUUCCGAGCGGGUUUAGUACCGCCGUGCUGAUCAGUGUACUACACGGCCGGACCCCCAAGGAGUCCAAGACGGCCGACGGCAGGACCGUCACUGCCGCCGGCUUCGCCAGCCUUGUCGCCGCCCCUGGAGAGGACGAGGUUCCCCCGGCGAGCGGUGAAGGGGAGUCGGCCAAACACGCCGAGUCCUGGCGCCGUAAUGUGCAGCUCCUGCUGAUCUGCUUUUUCGUGUCGGGCUUGUUCACUUUCGCGACAUACUUCCUCCCCGUGCUGAGGAACAUCCCAAUCUUUGGCUCCGUCGCAGCGAGCACCUGGCUCUGGACCCUCAACCCCAGCCUGGCAUAUGUCGGACAGGGAAUCAUCAUGGGUCCGGCUACGACACUGCACAUGCUGCUUGGUGCGGUUGUCGGCUGGGGCAUUCUCUCUCCAUUGGCCAAGAGCAGGGGGUGGGCGCCGGGUCCCGUCGGCGACUGGGAAAAUGGCAGCAAGGGAUGGAUCGUGUGGACGUCGCUGGCAAUCAUGUUGGCCGACUCCAUUGUCAGCCUGAGCUACCUCGCUUUCCGCUCGACGAGGCAGUACUUCCCCCAGUUGCUACGCCUCGUGCCAUUCCAGCUUGUCCCCGAUCGCGUGAGGACACUCCUUGGAAGGAGGCCACACGCGGGCUAUACGUCAGUAGCCAACAGAGAAGACGAGCGUGAUGCUGCUCCCAGAAGAAGCGCUGCUUCGUCCAUGUCCCUGUCGUCAGAUGGCGACGGCGGCGAUCCAUUGCUCGGGGAGCUCCAAGACGAAAAGGAGGAGCUUGAUGCGCCCCUAGACCAGCAAAUCAGUGACCGGAUGGUGGCAGUUGGGCUGAUCCUCUCCAUCUUGUUUUGCAUUGUCUGCAUUCACAUUGUUUUUGGCAACCUUGUGCCUCUCUAUGCCACUGUAACAGCCGUUUUCAUGGCCCUAGUGUUGAGCAUCAUGGGCGUGAGGGCCCUGGGCGAGACCGACUUGAAUCCCGUCUCGGGCAUCAGCAAGCUUGCACAGCUGUUUUUUGCCCUCAUCAUCCCUCAGUCUAACAAGUCAAGCGUCUUGAUCAACUUGGUCGCUGGUGCAGUGUCCGAGGCGGGUGCCCUUCAAGCUGGCGAUAUGAUGCAGGAUCUGAAAACCGGCCAUCUGCUCGGAGCUGCGCCGAAGGCUCAGUUCUGGGGACAAGUCAUCGGCGCCACUGUUGGUGCUGUCGUCAGCGCCUUCAUCUACAGGCUGUACACAACCGUCUACGAGGUACCGGGCGACCUGUUUCAGGUGCCUACGGGCUAUGUCUGGAUCUUCACCGCCAGACUCGUAACGGGCAAGGGACUCCCGCCCAUGGCUAAGGAGUGGGCCCUCGGGGCGGCUGCGCUCUUCGCAGUCACGACCGCGCUGCGCAUCGCGACGGCUGAGAAGCGUUGGCAAGCGCUGAUACCCGGCGGAAUCGCGGUUGCGGUCGGCAUGUACAAUGUCCCUUCGUUUACUCUUGCCAGGACCAUGGGAGGCCUGCUCAGUUGGUGGUGGAGGUCCGCCAUGGGAUGGCAGGACACGCCUCUGAUAGUUCUUGCUUCGGUGAGUGUGUUGUCUGGUCAUUCAGGGGUAAGAGAAAGCUGCUAACUUUACGGCCAACACAGGGAUUCAUUCUUGGAGAGGGUUUCUUGAGUAUUGUGAAUUUGAUUAUGCAAAGCGUUGGCGUUCCACAUCUAUAGAUAGAC